AUGGCCAUUGCUGGCCAGAUGAUCCUCAUCACAACUGGCGAUGUCACCACACGCAUGAGCGCUAGCACAAACCACGGCAGCAUCAGCGUGGCGGCGGCGGCGCGUGUGACUACCGCGCACCCUUCAGCGACACCAGGGGAGACCAAGGUAGUGACUGGUCUUGAUGAUCUGCAGCGUGCUUGCGAUGCGGUGGUGCGGCACGCCAUGACGCUCUACCGGCUAUGUCGUCGCCCCGGUGGAAGCGCCAUCGACAUCGUCUGCGUUGGUGCGAGCAGAAGCGGCGGUGGCGCCGGAGCGGCGAGUGCGGCUGAGGAGGCCGCGUAUUGCGUCUGCGCGGCAGUCAUGGCUCUGGAGCCACAAUUGUGGGCAUCUCUGGUGCGACGAGCUCAGCUGCUACGUCCACGCAAGCCGAGCCUUCUCUUCGUCGCCCCUGUCGCUGUCCCACCGAUUGUGGUGAGGGAGGUGGAGAGAUUUUUCUGGCGAAGUCGGCAUCUCAUGAGCACCACCGCAGCCCCUACAGUAGUUACGAGCGGCACCUCCACUGCGGUCGCCCCACGCACUAGCGCCGCGUCGUCGCCCUCGGCUCGCGGAGAGGUAGGAGCAGUGGUACCAACUGCAUCUGCUUCGUCCUCAGCCACCGCUACCGCCACCGUUGGCCUGCGGGCUCGGCAGGCGGAGGCUGUCGCUGCGUGUUUCUUCUUCAAGACCAUGUCCGCAGCGGAGCGACUUCGACGCAGCGACGUCUUUGAGGUGCAUGUUUGGCCACCUGAGGCUAGUCACGCUGUGGGGAUGUCGGGUAAAGCAAACACCACCCUCACCACAGCAGCAGCAGCAUCCGCCGUCACUGCGGUUGGCGCUCCGUCCGUAGAGGAAAACACUGAUGUUGUCGUUUCAUCUCCGAUCAAACCCGCUGGCGCGGCUUCCAGGGCGCAAGCAUGGACUGCAGGCCUUAGGAGACGAGAACGUCGGUCAGAGCAUCUCGUCAUGACACAUGGUGCUGCUGCUCCUGCUACUCUGCUGGGUGACACCGGUCACCCCUUGCACACACGUCCGACCCAAUCAGCAACUUCGCUGCUGCCGUCGUUCUCGUCUUCGGCAUCGAUGCUCUUCACCGAUGGUUUGGAUGACUGGGGUGGCUGGCAGGCAGGUGGCAGCACUCGCACGAAUCUCCUACCGCCCUCGAGUACGCGCAGGUCCGGUGGCGUGGACGGCGCCAAGUAUGUUGCGGGAGUCGGUGGCUGGCCAAACGGGAGCAGCUCACGGAGUCGGGAUUCGAGCCCAGGCGACGGCGACACCAGCGCGGGAAAGUUGCAAGGCCGCUAUCCAGCGGCUGGCGAAGGCGGUUGUCCACGAGAUCAGCAAGCAGCCGACACCACGGCUGUGCUUACACGACUGUACGCGUUAGCGCUGUCGACAGAGGAACCAGCCGCUGAUGCGCUUCUCAAUGCCGAGGCCGCCAUGCAGCAGCAGCAGCAGGUCAGUGGUGGUAGCGAUCAGCAUGGAUUCGGCGGUGCGGUUGUCUCUGCAAAGGGUUCCCACGCCCCCUUCUUAGCUGCUGCCUCUCCGGUCAUGCUCACGUCGGACAGCGGCCUGAGUCUCGUUGCUCUCGGCGCCUCCGUCCUGCACGCAUGCGAGGCGCAGCACUGGGGUCGGCUUCAGUCGCUGGUGCGGUACCCAUUGCUGUUCCGGGCCAUUCCAGCUCCUGCCGAGGUGAGCGUCACUGUCACGCGCGCAGAUGGUGAUGAGGCGCUCAAGGUUGAAGCGAUGGCGCGCAUGAGUGGUGCCUUAGGUAUGACCUACACCAUCCCCGCCACUAUCUUGUCGCCGACUUCGGCAGCGCCACCUGGCUCGACUGCAGGCAGCUGCGACGCCACCUCUCCCUCUUCUGCUUCUCUUUUCGCGUACAUGUCUUCUCUGUAUGGCGCUGCCGGCUCCAUCUUCAGCCCAGCGCGUCUGCGCACGUCGUCGCCGCCGCUGCUGCUCCCCCCUCCACCGAGCCUCGUCACGGAUACAUUUUUAUGGACUCGGCUGCUGAUCUGCAGUGCGUGGCUUCUCGUCUAUGCUGACGGCCUCGUCGGUCACGACGACCAAGUAGCGAGUUUGGAGCAGGCACAGCCUGUCACUGACGGCAGAGGUCACAAUGGUGGGGUGUGGCCCCGAGUACGCCCCACUCCAGCUGUGCGGGCCAUCGUCGCCUACUGCGUUGCGGUCGUGCGCGAGGCUCGCGCGAUGAGCGCCGGUGUGGCUGCCACUGCCCGCUCAGGCCACGGCAGUCUUCGUAGCGCCGUUUGCUGUCCUGUGUGCGAUGACCUGGUCAAGGAGCAGCGGCCAGUGCUGUGGUGGUCAACGCUACGUGACGACCGUGCGUUUCUGCGAGCGCGUGUGCGAGCUGUGCUGGUGAACAACGCCACUGACAGUGAUGAGGCGGAUAUUGCGGCUGCCCUGGCAGAUCAUCUUGCCGGCGAAGGCCGUGGCCGCCGAUAUGCGACGCCAUUGCUGAGUGGCUCUGAAGGGACACCGUGUCGUAUAGCCGCGCUGCAGCAGCGCUGGGGAGCGUACAUAAUGCGGGGUGACACGUCAGCGACUGCUUCCUGCGCCGCCGCCACUGCUGCCACACGCCGUGGGGCAGAGGGUGCAUCCGUUAGCGCUGACUCGGUUGACGCUGAUGCAGACUUGCGAAAGGGCGGUGCUGCCGCUGCUGAUGUACGUGACCCAGCUGGUAACGACGUGGAGGAGGAGGUGGCGGAGGCAGCAGAGACGCUGUGGAGGGCGCUCACGCAGCGUGUCGCGGCCGCCACGGACCUCUGUGUCUUUCUCUCGGCUCACCCGACCGAGUUCGCCACCUCUAAUUCACUUGCGGCAGCGUCAGCGAAAGUUGGUCGCCCGAAGCAUCCUCGAGCCGAGGACGAUGAGGACGCUGCGUCACAAGUUAUUCACCGCCAUCGGUGGCAGGAAAUGCAUCGCCACCGCCAGCACGCAGUCGGGUCUGACGACAGUGACGACGGACGCAUGGCGGAAGAGGGAGCCGUGGUGUCGAGUCGCCACCACCCGCGCCGACGACUGAGUGGAGUGCAGCACGGUAACCCAUCGCCCCACUCUCCUGGCUCCGACGACGGUGAGUGGGGCGAUGGGUGCCGCUCUCGUGCGAAAAACACCUCGCGUGCCAGCGCCGCGCUGCAGGGGAGUCGACACGCGGUGGAGGAGGCCGAGGAGUGGAGUCGGUUACUGAGCCGAUGUGGCUGGGUGAACGCGGCCCCACCGUCUGGCUCGACCUCCUCGUCCAUUUAUGCGGAAUGGGCGUCGUCACUGUUCUUGCCGUCGGCUACGCCGACACCGCAGCAGGCGGCCACGUUGCGUCGCCGACUCUCGCGCUACAACCUCACGGACGUUGUGCGCAAGCUAGUGCUUGGCCGCGGAGGCGGCUGGUUGCGUUAUGCGCGGUUACUCUUUGGCGACGAUGUGUGCACCGACUAUCCCGCAUCACCGCUCUCUUGUCCACCGCCAGUCGUGCACGUAGGCGCUGCCUCCCCUAACGAUCUUCGUGCACCGCCAACGAUACCACCGCCAGCACCAAGCUCCAAUCUGCGGCCCCGAGCGCCGUCUCUCUCGCUGCUGGAAGAGGCAGAGUCCGGCGCUGAUGGCGAGUUUGUACCACACGCGCAUGCGAGCCCGUGUGCAAAACGCAUAUUGUCUCCCGUGCGGCGGGUAAUCGAUGCAGGGCCAACAACUCCGCACUGUUCUUCAGGCCUCAUGCCACCUUCACCGUUGCCUUGCGAUGCAACUGCCACCAAUGAGGACGCGGAUGUGGGCAGGACCAUUACUGCAGAGCGAUGGCCAACAACACCCAUCGGUAAGGAAAAGCUGCCGUCCAUCCCGUUGCUUGUCUCGCCGCUGGUGCGGCGGCACAAGAUGGCUGCUGCUGCUGCCGACUCACCACCGCCACCGUCGCUGGCAGGUACGGCUGCUCAUGAGACAAGCGCAGUGCUCCAUUGCGCUCCCGAUGGCGGCGCGUCAUCUGCGCAGCGGUCGGAUGCAUCGUCGAGUGCGUCUGUCUCAGUGCCUCUAGAGCAGCUUCGUUCUCAGCAGGCUGCCUUGUACGCUCUGCUGCGCUUCCGACCACGUCUGCCGCCUUUGCGAGAGGAGGACGCCGUGCUAGAGUGCGCCUCGUGCUUCUCGCUCUUCCAUCAGGAGUGCAUCGCGCCGGUGCAGCUGAGCUUCAUGGGGCAGGCGUUUCUCUGCCACACGUGCCGCCUACGCUGGGCACGGGCCUACGCGGCAGCUGGAUGUGGGCUCUUGCAUCAAGUGCCAGAGCGACGCCAUGAUGCGCGGAUGGCGGGUGGCGGCUGUGCACCUGAUCAGCAUUAA